UUGGGAAGAAUUGUGCGUGAUCGCAACAUUUGUCCUCUACGAGUGCACUCAUGGAAGGAAAUCGAUGUUGAAGAGAAGAAACAUAUGUGGGCCGCUGUGACGGACAAAUUUAAGCAUGAGAAAAUGGAGGAUUAUCGUGAUGAAAUCUUGGCUCAUAUGAAUGAUUUGUGGAAUAAGUGGAGGGGGGAUUUGCAUCGCAAAUUUGUGAAGCCUUGUAAGACUAUACAAGAAACUCUAAAACAAAUUCCUGAAGGUGUUGAUCGAGGAGAUUGGGAAUGGCUAGUUAAACAGCAUUUUUCAAGUGAAAAAUUUAUGGCAGCAAGUAAACGAAACUCAAACAAUAGGGCAAAAUUAAGUAUGCCUCACCGUACAGGUAGUAAGCCAAUUCGACAAGUUAUAUGAAAAAAGGUACUUAAGAUCUUACAUUGUACAUUUUCCAAUAUUCUUAAUGGAUGAUGAAAUUUGUUGAUGUUAAUUUGUUUAUCUUAAAAGGGAGGAAAAGUUG